AUGAAGAUCAUCUGGACUUUCACUCUGCUGAUGAUUCCUGGUGUCAUGAGCUCCAUCAGUGUGAGAGGAUAUUCAGGAGGAGGAGUCAUCAUCACAUGCAGAUAUUAUGAAGGAUAUACAGACAAUGCUAAGUAUUUUUGUAGAGGACAGAAAAAAAUUACUGAAUGGUGCUCUGAACUCAUCAAGACUGAUAAGAAAAAUGGGGGAAAAUGGGUUGAUUCUGGAAGAUUCUCUCUGUUUGACGACACAAGAGCAGCAGUUUUCACUGUGACCUUCAGAGAUCUGAGUGAACAGGAUUCUGACACAUACUAUUGUGCUGUUGAUAUCUCUGGAAUAAUAGAUUCAUACACUGAAGUGAAUCUGAACGUUGUAACAGGUGAACAAAUCAGUGCUGUGAGAGGAUAUUCUGGAGGAAACAUCAUUAUAAACUAUAAAUAUGAGAUGAAUCAUGAGAACCAUGAGAAAUACUUCUGUGUAACUGGAUCAUAUCAAUGUAUAACUCUAAUAAACACUGACAGAGCAGCAGAAUGGAAACAUGUCGGCAGAUUCUCCGUUCAUGAUGACAGAUCUGCACGUCUCUUACGUGUGUUUAUCAGAGAGCUGAAUGUGGACGAUUCUGGAGAACAUAAGAUUAUAGUCAAAGUUUCUGAAGACUACAGUCUCUUCUCUGAGUUUAAGCUGGACGUUAAGAAGGGUGAGCUGCUUUCAUUUGUUUCUCACACUGGAUGUGAUUAUGAGGAGAUUAAAGACUCUCACAAACAAUUACCCACAAACCCCUCUGAUUCACCUAACGCUGUUUAUGCCACUGCUCAAUUACCCACAAACCCCUCUGUUUCUGCUAACUGCGUUUACUCUACAGUUCAGGAAGCCACCGGUGACUCUCAGAUCUUCAUCACAUGUGCUGAGGAUCUGAAUUACGCCGUGGUGAAUUUCCACAAGAAAGCGGACUGUCCUGACAGAGUCAGUUUGAGGAAUAAUCAGGAUUGCAGUGAAUACGCUGCUGUCAAUCAUCUCACUGCCUGA